AUGAUAGGUGCAACGGUCCUAUUGACGCUGCUCGCGAUUCUAGCAUUCGGCGACGCUCGUACUGACCGUCUCAAGGCACCUCCUGAGUUCGCCGUCCCUGCGAGCAGCGCUGUGGACUCGGUCGAUCCGCUGAUCGGAAAUGGUGGAAUCGCCCCUCACAGUACUGGGGGUAUGAUCCCCACAACCGCACCUCCGUUCGGGAUGACCCGCUGGGUAGCCCAGACGCGCAAGGAUUGGGUCUCUGUGAACCCCUACAACUACAGCGAUCCUUCCAUCUAUGGCUUCCAGGGCACGCACAAGCCUGCGAUAUGGAUGGGCAACAGCGGCCAGUUCGUGGUUGUGCCCGGGGCCGGCGAAAUACAGAGCGUAUUCGAGCAGCGCGGGAUGAGCUUCAGCCACGAGGACGAAGUCGUGACCCCCAGUUAUUACUCGGCCGUCAUGAACGCUAUCGAGGGAGGCCAGAUCCAUGCGGAGCAGUCAGCAACUUCGCGGGUCGGACACCUGCGCUUCACGUUCACCAACACCGCGGUACCGUACGUUCUCGUCGAAGCGACCCGCGCUUCCGUCAUGGGCUCCGCCGACCCAACGAACGUCACCUACCCACUCGGGUCCAUUGCCAUUGACCCCGUGAGUCGCGAGAUCACAGGUAGCAAUCCCGAGCGACAGGAUUUCAUCAUCGGCCCGAACGCCGCGCCGAACUUCUCCGGAUAUUUCUGCGCCCGCUUUGACGUGCCGUUCGAGAGCUUCGGUGUCGUGCAAAACGGUAGCACGGAGGAGAACGUGACUCAGGGCGACGGCGCGAUGCUAUCUGGCUUCGCAAGGUUUGCGCAGGGCACGAGGCAGGUGAACGUGCGCGUCGGGGUGUCGUUCAUCUCUGUUGGACAGGCGAGGAAGAAUCUGGAUGCGGAGAUACCGGACGGGACGACAUUGGAGAGCACGGCGGAGAAGACGCGUGCUGCGUGGGCCGAGAAGUUGGAUCGCAUCCAGAUUGAGGGUGCGAGCGACGACGACAGGGAGGUAUUUUACACCGCUGUCUUUCAUGCACUCCAGUACCCGUAUGAACAGGAUGAGGAUGGCAAGUACUAUUCCGGUUAUGAUGAUGCCGUGCACGAGGGCGACUCUUACACUGGAUACUCCAUUUGGGACACCUACCGCGCUGAAUGGGCUUGGCUCAUUCUACUCGCCCCUGAGCGUAUCCCGGGGAUGGUUCGGAGUAUGCUACAGGACUAUCUUGAAGGAGGCUGGCUGCCAAUGUGGAAGAACAUCGUUGGUACACAUGCAGACUCUCUGGUAUCGGAGGCUGUUGUGAAGGGCUUCACUGGAUUCGACCUUGCGACGGCAUAUGAAGCAGUCCGAAAAGAUGCAACUGUCCCGCCUGUAGAUGACUGGAACAUUUCGUAUUCUGAUAGACAAGAGGGUGUCGGUUAUGAAGUGCGCGCAGGCCUCUCUUCUGUCUAUGAAGAGCAGGGAUGGAUCGCAGAUGAUAUACAUUCCGAGGCUGCAUCUCGCACCCUCGACUACGCCUAUGAUGACUAUGCAGUUUCUCUUGUCGCUGCCGCAGCAAACAACUCAACCGACGCUGCCUUCUUCCGCUCUCGGGCCCUCUCCGCCCCGUUCACCAUCUUCAACAACGAGACCGGCUUCAUGGAAGCGCGCUUUGCCAACAGCUCGUGGGCAGGGCCGACUGCUGGCUGGACCGAGGGUGACGAGUGGGCUUACACGUUCGACGUCCUACACGACUUCCCUGGCUUGAUUGAGAGCAAGGGCGGGAAUGUGUCCUUUGUGCAAUUCCUGGAUGAGCAUUUCGAUGGCGGGCAUAAUGAUCAUACUAAUGAGCCUUCGCACCACAUUCCGUACCUGUAUUCGCUUGCUGGGGCAGCGUCGAAGUCUCAAGCGCGCAUCCGGCAGGUCGCGCAGGCGAAUUACAACAACACCGUCGACGGACUGUCUGGGAACGAAGACUGCGGACAGAUGAGCGCGUGGUACAUCUUCAGUGCGCUUGGAUUCUACCCCGUCACCCCAGUCGAUGCGACAUACGUUAUUGGAACGCCCUUCUUUGACAGAGUCGCCAUCGACCUUCCCAACGCGUCCCGGCCUCUCGUCAUCACCUCCAGUGGAGCGCCCAGCAAGCCGUACAUCAAGGGCUUGACCGUGAACGGCAAGCCGCUUGAGACUCCCUUUCUCACACACGAGGAUAUUGCGUUUGGAGGGGAGAUAGUGUUCGAGAUGAGCAGCUCGCCGCAGACCUGGGGGUCGGCCACGUUGGUCGGGACAAACUCCUAA